UCCCGGCACGCCAGGGUUGGCCAAUAUAAAUGACGGGUGCGCGAUUUUACCAGGUAGUCCGUUAUCAUAUCUGUGGACAGGUCUCAUUGUGCAAGCCGCUGAAUAUGUCUGCUCGCAGCCAAAACCUCAAACGAAAAGCAGUUGCUGACACGAAAGCAAGGGCUAAAAAGGCGAAAGGGGAGACUGAUUUGCCGAAUAAUAUGAAAUGGACCCAGGCAGGAAAAGAGCUGAAAGGGGUGUGUCCCGUGAUACUGUUGAGCUCGGAUACUCUAGAAGGGAGGGAGAAGGUUGCCGGAUUUGACAUCGAUUUCACCGUCAUACGAACGGCAAGUGGGCGGAAAUUUGCAACGGGUGCUAAGGACUGGGAGUUCUGGGAUGAAAGUGUCCCGGCAAAGAUGAAGGAACUUGAUGAAGAUGGGUUUCGAGUUGUCUUCUUCACAAACCAGGCAGGGAUUGAGAAAAUGAAAGUGAAACCAGCUGAAAUCAAGGAUAAGAUUGAAGCCAUUAUCACGGCACUAGACAUCCCUGUGCUGGCGUUCAUCUGUACAGGAAACAACCACUUCCGGAAACCAAGCACCGGGAUGUGGGACUACUUUGUGGAGAACUGCAAUGGUGGGGUGGAGGUAGACCUCGAGGAGAGUGUGUAUGUUGGGGAUGCUGCUGGCAGGGCCAAGAACUGGGCACCAGGCAAACCCAAAGAUUUCUCCUGUAGUGACCGCAUGUUUGCAGCCAACAUUGGGAUCAACUUCAAAACCCCAGAGGAGUUCUUCUUGAAUGAGAAGCCAGCCAAGUUUGAAUGGGGAUCCCUGAACCCUGUAGAGUAUCUGAAAAGUGCACCAAAAGCUGGUAAAAAGACCUACCACAGUAAUUCUCAGGAGGUGGUUCUAAUGGUGGGUCCCCCGGCUUGUGGAAAGAGCACAUUGAGGAAACAGUACCUGGAGAAAAAUGGCUACGUUACUGUCAACAGGGACACCAUGGGCACUGUGGAGAAGUGUAUCAAGGCAGCAAAGGAGGCUCUGAGUUCGGGGAAAAGUGUCGUCGUUGACAACACAAACCCAUCAGUAGAUGCCAGAUCAAGAUUUAUUGCCCUUGCAGAAGAUGAAGGAAUCCCGUGUCGAUGCUUUUGGAUGCAGACCUCCCCUGAGGUGUACAACCACUUGAACUUGGUCAGACAGAACCAGACCAACGGAGAAGUGAGAAGGAUUCCAGGUGUGGGAUAUGCAGUCUUCAAGAAAAACUUUCAGGCACCAACAAAAGAUGAAGGAUUUUCUGAAAUUCUCAAAAUUGACUUUGUUCCCCAUUUUAACAACAAGCGUGAUGAGGCCUUAUUCAAACAGUGGACGACUGGAGGUCACUAGACGAGCUAGGCUUACAGCUGGCAGCUGCCUUCAUGUGUUCACCUUACAAACCAUUUCAAGAUAUUAUUGUUUUGGUGAAAGUAGAAUAAUUGUAUUUGUCUGUCUGUUUUUGGUCAGGGAGUAUCCUUCCUUUGUUUAUAGUAAUUUGAGAGUGAGGCUGAGAGAAUGAAUGAGCGAGAGCCGAAAUUGAAAGAUUGUUUUUACUUUAGAGUGAUCUCCCUUGAUUGACUACAGUGUGUGUUGUUCAUUUAUAUACAUUUGAUGUGUGUGCUCGAUGAAUCAGUUUGGACUUGAACAUUUUGUUCAUGAAUGUAGAGCAGCUAUUAGUGAAAACAAUUUUGAAUACACUGUUUGAAACAAUUUUGAAUACACAAGUUCUUGAAAUAGAUAAAUGUACCAACUUGAUACAAGCUUAGUGCCCCUGUUUGACAAAAGAUUGUUUUCCCACACCAGAAGGUAACAAUAUCUGAGUUAAGUCAGAUAUGAAUAUCAAGUUAAAGAUGUGUAGGUUUACAAGGUAUAUUAACAAAUAGUGUGUUGUCCAGUAGUGUUGGUCAGCCUUUGUCAUGUUUCAAAUUUACAGUUGAUAACAGUGUAGCAGUGUUGACAUGGAGGACUAUUGGAUGGUACUGUUUCCUGAACUUCUUUAUGUAGUUUUAUGUAUAACUUAGACUGGUUCCUACUAACGUCCAUCACAAAUGUAGCUGGCAUCACACAGUGCUCAUUAACUUGCAUAAUUUCAUUGUAGGGGUAGUUUACUGUUGUUUUUCUUAGAAAAGACACAUGCAUUUAACUACUUUGAAGCUUUCAACAUCAUUCCAGUUCACCAAUGUGUACAUUGAUAUAUUUUUAGUAUUUUAAAAUGUAUACUUUUUAAAUUGUUUUAUUUUUUUAUGGGCAAAACCCUGGUAUUUUGGGAGUGCCCAAUUUAACAAUAUACAGGAUGUGCUAAUCGUGUUUGCAAUGUUGAAUAAUAAAUUGUCUUGAUUGAUA